AUGUGUGAGCGAGCAACCUUGACUCCAGUUAGCGCUAAUGAAAACCAGAUUCAAACCAGCCAUGUACAUCCCAUCGGCUUCAAUGCAAGAUCAGAUGAUGACGAGGCACCGCAAUCAGUCAUACAUGCGCCACCUGGCUUUGGUGACUUUGUAAGUCCGCAGGGAACUCCAUCUUUACCAACGACCGCUAACUAUUGGAUUAAGACGCAGACUAAGCCCCCGCAUAAUAUCGAAGAACAAUGCGAAACAGACUCAUCAUCUCCCAACUCUGAGCAAGAAGAGUCGAUAAGGAUUUCUGGAAAAGCCAAAAAGAUUGGCCUGAUAGAGCGACUCCUCGAGCCCAGACCAGACCUGAAUUUGAGGAGUCAGGACGACGGACUCGUUCAAGUAGCUUGGAAGACAUUGAAUCUCACGGGGAUAUUCAUCAUCAGGGUCACUGAUUCAUAUUUAGGGGAUUUCACGAGUAAAGAAGCCGAAAUAAAGGUCCUACGAGAUGCUUUGGAAGAAUGUUGGACGUUGUGCAACACGCUAGCUAGCCUAAGUUAUAUUAACCGAAACCGACAGGUUCUGUCCCAUGACGACGGGAUGCAGGAGGGAGCAUGGAGGUCUUGUUGGAUGCUGUGUUCGAAGCUUUACGAGACUCGAGAGGAGGAUUUCGCAUCCCAAGUCAAUCCAUUGCUAGAUCUCUGUCGUGAUUUCUGCCAAGCUCUCUUCGAAGUCCGCAUCUAUGACGGCGACGGGAUGGACUCGGUGUUACGAGUGAGCUUUGAACUCAACAAUCACCUUUACAAUACGCAUGAUCGGAAUCUGCCAGGUGCUUUUCGCGAACGGACCUUGGACUUCUAUGUCACUCUCUGUCACCGACUGAUGAAACAGCGAACACGUCUGAACGAAACUGAUUCUCUGCUAAGCGCGUGCUGGACACUGGCCGAGAUAUUAUUCAGAAUCCGACAAAGCAAACGAGAGAGGGAAGAGCUUGAUCAAGAACUACUUGAACCCGCUGUACAAGCUUGCUGGGAGCUAUGUGACAUCUUCCGCGAGCGUUCUCUUCACGGCAUGCGAAAUCCAGAUAGAGGGACUCCCCGGCCUAGCCAGACCACUUUUGCACACGCAUUUCAACAAGCGCAGCAAAUCUCAGAAGUCGAGUUUAUCGACGACUCAUUACAGUUUGUCAACCCCGAGACACCCACCACAAUCUUCGAGGACACGGCCACUGUGUCACCGGAUGAAGCUCCAAUUCCAAACAUCUUAGUCCUUGGGUCCAAGUGGCCUUCAACUGCCUCGAGUGUCUCAGAAAAUUCAAGGUCCUCUGGACAUACGGCCUCUUCGGCAAAUACGGUGACAACUAUGGCGGAUGAUCUCGAUUUCACUCGACUCAAAGUACUGAUUACUAAAGCGGCUAUAAACAGUGGCUAUCAACGAGGUGGGCCUCAGAAUUUGUCCUCGUUUGUAAAAUCCUUACCUUCAGACGCGUUCGGAUCAGCUAGCUGGCAAAAGUCGCUAUUGAAGUACUACCGGAAGCUUGUUGCCUUUGAUCCCACCUUCAUUAACGUUGGACCCCAAGCCCGCGUCAGUGCUAUUGACGUGGCCCGUGUAUGUCAGUCAAUGCUUCAGAGUGGACAAUACUCUUGGUUACGAGAUUUGUAUCGUCUGGUCUUUGGAUUUCAUAUGGAAGAAGCCUUGGGUCGAAAAGGGGUGACCAUCCAGACCUGA